UGUUGGUUAUCUUUUUGGCAUCUGGAGUCCAACCAACACAAAGAAGUGAAAUUGCAUUAUUACAAACAGUUCGGCUGGGAGAUAAUGUGACAAUCAAAUGCUACUUGACAAAAAAACACGCCAACACAAUAUUUUGGUAUAAACAGAGCAUUGGUCAAAUGCCUAGGCCUGUUGCACUAUCAUACAAUUACUUGACAGACAUCAGCAUUUUGGAUGAAUUUAAAAAUGGCAGAUUCACUGUUUCAGUGAGUGAAAAAACUUUUCACCUCAACAUUGCAGCUACAAACAAGGAGGACACUGGAAUUUACUACUGUGGGACAGGAUUCUUGAAUCAAUUAGAAUUUAUCUCUGGAACAUAUCUGAUACUUAAAGGGACUGAGAGCAAAGACUUAAAUAUUGAACAGCAACCAGCAUUACUCCCAGUUAGUCAAGGGGACAAUGUAAAAAUCCAGUGCAAGAUCCUUAUUGAGAGCUGUGCAGAGGACCAUAGUGUCUACUGGUUCAGACAUGGUGCAACUGACUCUCAUCCAGCAAUAUUGUACACUCAUAGUGGUGGACAUGAUCAGUGUAAAAGGAGCUCUGAGGCAGAUUCUAAAACACACAGAUGUGUUUAUGAUUUCUCUAAGAGGAACAUUAGCCUCUCUGACGAUGUUGGGAUUUACUACUGUGCCAUUGCGGCAUGUGGGGAGAUAAUGUUUGGAAAUGGAACUACACUGAAAAACACAGACAACAAGAAUGAACAUAUUUGGGAUCCGCUAUUGCUGUUCUUGAUAUCAUCCAAUGUUGUUUUUUUGAUAGUAACUGUUACUCUACUUGUUGAUCUUUGCAAAAACGGGAGAAAAAGGAAUGGAGGAUCCACAAAGUCAGAAUCUCAGUCAUGUGAGAUUGGAGACUCGGGCAUUUUAAAUUAUGCAGCUGUGAGUUUUGUGCCGGUUCCUUCAUCUUCGAGAAGAUCCAGGGCAUCAAACAACAGAGAGAUGGCUGAGUACAGUAAAGUCCAUUACAAGCCAAGAGAUCACAAGCCUUAACACAAUUUCGGCACAAAUUAUUUUUGACUUCCUGUAAUGUACAGAUAUUGAACUGUAUUGACACAGACAUUGAUAUUUUAUAAGCAUAACCUUAACAAUUAACAUCCUACUCUCAAAAAGGAUAUAGUCUGCUUAACAGAGUUUUCUGCUGUUUAAUAUAUCAAAAUAUUUUGUGUUUGCUAAUGCA